UUGCUGGAGUGGGGAAGUGGACAGGCCUCCUCGCUGGAGAGGCAGAGUCCUCGAGUGACCUCCUGCCUUGCACAUAGCCUGUGCCCUCGGGAGCCCAGCUUGCAGACCACGGCAGUGGUAUCCAUGGGCUCUGCAGACCAUCAGUUUAAUCUUGCCGAGCUCCUGUCACAGAACUAUAGCCUCCGAGAGGGCUGUGCCGAGGCCCCACGGUGCCCUGACAAGCCGGAGGAGGAGCUGGACAAGGACUUCAUUGCCCAGAGCAGUGACAUGCCCCUGGAUGAGCUGCUUGCACUGUAUGGGUACGAGUCAUCAGACCCCAUCUCUGAGCAGGAGAGCGAGGGUGGAGACACAGCCCCAACUCUGCCGGACAUGACCUUGGACAAGGAGCAGAUUGCCAAGGACUUGCUUUCUGGGGAAGAGGAGGAAGAGACGCAGUCCUCAGCUGAUGACCUCACUCCAUCUGUCACCUCCCAUGAGGCCUCGGACCUCUUUCAUAAUCAGAGUGGGUCUCGGUUCUUGGCUGGUGAUAACGUCCCAGGCUCGUCAGCCUCCUCCGACACUGAGGAGGACGCGCUUCCUGCCAACAAGUGCAAGAAGGAGAUCAUGGUGGGGCCCCAGUUCCAAGCUGACCUCAAUAUCCUGCACUUGAACCGGCAUUGUGACAAGAUUUAUGAAAAUGAAGACCAGCUGCUGUGGAGCCCCAGCGUGCUCCCAGAGCGGGAGGUGGAGGAGUUCUUGUACAGGGCAGUGAAGCGGAGGUGGCAGGAGAUGGCCGGCCCCCAGAUUCCAGAGGGCGAGGUGGUUAAAGACAGUGAACAGGCGCUGUACGAGCUGGUGAAGUGUAAUUUCAACGUGGAGGAGGCCCUGCGCAGGCUGAGGUUCAAUGUAAAGGUGAUCCGAGACGGACUCUGCGCCUGGAGCGAGGAGGAGUGCAGGAACUUUGAACAUGGCUUCCGUGUUCAUGGGAAGAACUUCCACCUGAUCCAGGCUAACAAGGUGCGCACACGGUCGGUGGGCGAGUGUGUGGAGUAUUACUACCUGUGGAAGAAAUCUGAGCGGUACGACUACUUUGCCCAGCAGACGCGGCUGGGCCGGAGGAAGUUCGUCUCCUCUGGAACCACGGAUGCUGAGCAGGACCUGGAUGGCCUUGACUCUGAUGGUCCUGCCCGGUUGCGCCCUGAGCAGGAGUCUGAAGCAGGGGUGCCCAUGGAGCAGCCUAGUGUGGAUGUUGCAGCUGGUGGACUUGAUCAGCCUGGAGCAGGCUCGGAUCAUCUCCUGUCCUCGGAGCCAGGACCACAUCCCUUCGAGCAGCUGAAUGAGCCCCCUGCUGUGGCCUCACUACAGCAGCCCAGCAGCCUGGCCUCCCCGGCUGACCUCUCACCUGUGGUUGCUGCUGCUCCCCCCCCUGCCGCCACUCCUGCUCCAGAGCCGGGCACCAGCCCCAGGCUGGCUGUGGACCUUGCCCUACCUGAGGAGCUGCCUCUUGUGUCCAGCCCUGUGGAUCUGAGCGAGGACACUGCAGAGCCCAUGGCCCCGGCACAGGUGGCCUUGUCGGUCACUGAAUUUGGACUCAUUGGCAUUGGGGAUGUGAAUCCCUUCCUGACUGGCCACCCCACAUGCCCAGCCUCCACAUUGCGUUCAGAGCCUUUGUCACAGUGCAACGUGAUGACCUGUUGACCCCCGGUCAUCUGUGGGCGUGAGUGCUCAGAAUGGACACGGCAGCACUGCCAGGCCUGCCUGUCAGUCUUCCUGACCUCUCCCACGCAGGCCUGUGUGGUGCCUCCUCUGCUUCAGAUCAUGAUGGGACUCAGUGAAGUGGCCAGGGCCACACAGACCCCAGACCUCAGCAUCCAGCACCGCCACAGCCCCAGGCUGCUUCUGUGCCGCCGAGCCAACCUGGCAGCUGGGCUUGGAGAGGGCCCAUCCCAACAUGGAGCCAGCCAUUGUCCCUCAGCCAGCAGAGGCUGGGCAGGCAGUGCUGCCUGGGACUUUGGGCAGGACUCAUCCCGCACCAGCAGCCUCUGCCCGGGCACCCUCCACAGGCCAGCUCUUUCCCCACCGCAGCGGGCUUGUGGCCCCCAGCCUCUGCUUUGCGUGGGACCUUGGGGCACAGAGCCAUAUACCUCGCCCUGUGGCCACCCUUUCUCGGCCCUCACCGUCUCCACUUCAGGAAAAGCCGCACUUUAUACCCCAACUGCCUCCUGCCCGCACCCCCACCCUGCACCGAGGUGGGGCUUCAGCAGCCUGGUGGGUGAGGAGCAGGUGGUCCAUUCCCUUCCUGCCCCUCCCCUUGGGGCAUCUUGGGGUACAGCUCUGGAAGCACCACCCUGCCACGCCCCUGUUCUGAGGGUCUCAUUUCUUUGGAGGCUCCUAGCAGGAUGGCUGGGUCCGUCUUGUCCUUGGCCUCCCUCGUUUUAUUUAUGUUGGUGUUUACAAUUCGGAGUGGGGUCUCUGGGCAGGCAGCUCCGCCCGGUGUUGGCAGAGUGGUGCUGUGUGAGCCUCUGUGGCUGGACUCGACUGUCCCUCGCCCCACCGAGGACACUGUGAUGCGAGACUGCCUUUGCCCAAUGCUAUUUUAUUUAUUAAAUUGAUUUGAAGCCC